AGUUGUAGUGCCUGUGUGUCCUCACCGCUCAGGACAUUUAUGGAUGGAAAUCAAAACUUUUAGUCUCCUGAAGUCUGUGGACUACUGUACCUUGGAUUUUAUUUUUUUUUAACUGGAAAUAACAACUGAAGAAACAUGGUUUCUUUCAGCGGCCCAUGGGAAAGGAUGUUUUAGCCUAAAAUGGAAUAAUGGCCAUAGGUUUGAGGAACAAGUUUGGAAUGGGAAUUCAAACUGCACAAGUUCUGGUAGUUUUCUUGUGGUGACAGAUGAGACAUGAGAUCUUCAGCCUCCAGGCUUUCAAGUUUUUCUUCAAGAGAUUCAUUAUGGAAUCGGAUCAUGCCGGACCAGAUCACCGUGCCCGAGUUCAUCGCGGAGACCACGGAGGAUUACAACUCUCCGACCACCUCCAGCUUCACCACCCGGCUGCAGAACUGCAGGAACACGGUCACGCUGCUGGAGGAGGCAUUGGAUCAAGACAGAACUGCACUACAGAAAGUGAAAAAGUCUGUAAAAGCAAUAUAUAAUUCUGGGCAAGAUCAUGUUCAAAAUGAAGAGAACUAUGCACAAGUAUUAGAUAAAUUUGGAAGUAAUUUUUUAAGUCGGGAUAACCCAGAUCUUGGCACUGCUUUUGUUAAAUUUUCAACACUUACUAAGGAAUUAUCAACGCUGCUGAAAAACCUGCUCCAGGGCUUAAGCCACAAUGUUAUCUUCACAUUGGAUUCUCUCUUAAAAGGAGACUUGAAAGGAGUUAAAGGGGAUCUUAAAAAGCCUUUUGACAAAGCCUGGAAGGAUUAUGAGACCAAAUUCACAAAAAUUGAAAAGGAAAAAAGAGAACAUGCAAAACAGCACGGGAUGAUAAGAACAGAGAUAACAGGAGCUGAGAUAGCAGAAGAAAUGGAGAAGGAAAGGCGACUAUUUCAGCUGCAGAUGUGCGAAUAUCUCAUUAAGGUUAAUGAAAUCAAGACAAAAAAAGGUGUGGACCUUCUACAGAAUCUUAUUAAGUAUUAUCAUGCACAGUGCAAUUUCUUCCAAGAUGGCUUGAAAACUGCUGAUAAAUUGAAACAGUAUAUUGAAAAGUUGGCUGCUGAUUUAUAUAAUAUAAAGCAGACACAAGAUGAAGAAAAGAAACAGCUUACUGCACUCCGAGACUUGAUAAAAUCCUCUUUACAGCUUGAUCAGAAAGAGGAUUCCCAGAGCAGGCAAGGAGGAUAUAGUAUGCAUCAGCUUCAGGGAAAUAAAGAGUAUGGAAGUGAGAAGAAGGGUUAUCUCUUAAAGAAGAGUGAUGGGCUAAGGAAAGUGUGGCAGAGAAGAAAGUGCACUGUCAAAAAUGGAAUUCUUACCAUAUCACAUGCAACAUCCAACAGGCAACCUGCCAAACUGAAUUUACUAACCUGCCAAGUGAAGCCAAAUGCAGAAGAUAAGAAGUCUUUUGAUCUGAUAUCACAUAACAGAACAUACCACUUUCAGGCGGAGGAUGAGCAAGAGUAUAUAGCAUGGAUAUCAGUAUUGACUAACAGUAAAGAAGAAGCAUUAAACAUGGCAUUCCGCGGAGAGCAGAGCACGGGGGAAAACAGUUUAGAGGAUCUAACAAAAGCCAUUAUUGAUGAUAUACAGAGAUUACCCGGAAAUGAAGUCUGUUGUGAUUGUGGAUCACCAGAUCCAACGUGGCUGUCAACGAACCUGGGCAUUUUAACCUGUAUAGAGUGUUCUGGAAUACACAGGGAAAUGGGUGUUCAUAUUUCUCGAAUCCAGUCUUUGGAACUAGACAAAUUGGGAACGUCUGAACUCUUGCUGGCCAAGAAUGUAGGAAAUAAUUGUUUUAAUGAUAUAAUGGAAGGGAGUUUACCUAGUCCUUCACCCAAGCCCACUCCAUCAAGUGAUAUGACUGCACGUAAAGAAUAUAUCACUGCUAAGUAUGUAGAUCAUAAGUUUUCUAGAAAGACUUGUGCAUCUGCAGCAGCUAAACUGAAUGAACUACUUGAGGCUGUCAGAUCCAGGGAUUUACUUGCACUAAUUCAAGUCUAUGCAGAGGGGGUAGAGCUAAUGGAGCCACUGUUAGAGCCUGGACAGGAGCCAGGUGAAACAGCACUUCAUUUAGCAGUCCGGACUGCUGAUCCAACCUCUCUUCAUCUGGUUGACUUCCUUGUACAAAACUGUGGAAACCUGGAUAAACAAACUGCAUUGGGGAAUACAGUUCUACACUACUGCAGUAUAUAUAAUAAACCUGAAUGUUUGAAAUUGCUUUUGAGAGGCAAGCCAACUAUUGAUAUAGUAAACCAAGCUGGAGAGACAGCUCUGGACAUAGCAAAGAGACUGAAAGCUACUCAGUGUGAAGAACUGCUUUCCCAAGCCAAGACAGGGAAGCUAAAUCCACAUGUACAUGUAGAGUAUGAGUGGAACCUUCGGCAGGAAGAAAUUGAUGAAAGUGAUGAUGAUUUAGAUGACAAGCCUAGUCCGAUAAAGAAAGAACGUUCUCCAAGACCCCAGAGCUUUUGUCACUCUUCCAGUCUUUCCCCCCAAGACAAAAUGACUCUGCCAGGAUUUAGCACUCCUAGAGACAAACAAAGACUGUCCUACGGAGCCUUUACAAAUCAGAUUUUUGUCUCUACAAGCACAGAUUCUCCAGCUUCUCCAACAGCAGAUGCUCCUCCUCUCCCUCCUAGAAAUGCUGGCAAAGUACGCGUCCUACCAUUAACUGGAAUACUGGUUCUGCCAUAUCUCUCAUGCAGUGGUCCACCUUCAACCCUUCCUCUAAGCACUCAACCCUCCAGUGGCAGUUCCACUCUUUCCAAGAAGAGACCACCUCCCCCACCCCCUGGACAUAAAAGAACCCUCUCUGACCCACCAAGCCCACUACCUCAUGGACCUCAGAAUAAGGGCCCAAUUCCUUGGGGUAAUGAUUUGGGUCCACCCUCAACUAAGACUGCAAACAAGUUUGAGGGAAUGUCUCAGCAGUCAAGCACAGGGACUGCAAAGACUGCACUUGGCCCAAGAGUUCUUCCUAAACUACCUCAAAAAGUGGCACUAAGAAAAAUAGAAACCAGUCAUCAUCUUUCAAUAGAUAGAUCUAAUCAACACCUGGAAAUCUUUCAGAAGUCUUCACAGUCAUUCGAUCUGCCACAGAAACCACAACCUGGAGACUUGCCCCCAAAGCCUCAGCCUGUGGAACUCGCCCAGAAACCUCUAGUUGGAGAACUACCCCCAAAACCAGGAGAACUACCCCCAAAACCUCAGCUAGGAGAUUUGCCACCAAAACCACAACUUGGAGACUUACCGCCAAAGCCACACAUGAAGGACCUUCCUCCAAAACCUCAGCUAGGAGAGGUAUUGGCUAAAACUCAAGCUGGAGAAUCAUCACCAAAGCCUCAGCCCUCAGAGGCAAAUCAGAAAUCUCACUCCAUAGAUCUUUCUCCAAAUGUACACUCUAGAGAUACCGUCCAAAAGCAAGUAUCUGAAGAUUCUAAUGAUGUGACGCAUACCCUGCCAGAGACCCCAGUGCCGCUUCCCAGGAAAAUAAAUAUGGGGAAAAACAAAGUUAAGAGAGUGAAGACCAUUUACGACUGUCAAGCAGACAAUGAUGAUGAGCUUACAUUUGUUGAAGGAGAAAUAAUUAUAGUAACUGGUGAAGAGGACCAAGAGUGGUGGAUUGGCCAUGUCGAAGGACAGCCAGAGAGGAAAGGAGUCUUCCCGGUGUCCUUUGUGCACAUUUUGUCAGAUUAAUCAAAUUCAAAACUUGAGCAUUGCACAUCCUUCAUGCAAGACAGGCUUUUUAGCAAAAGCUAACGGCUGCUGCCUCCCUGUAAUCCUGUGCACAAUUGUAUAUAUAGCUGCUGUUACAAAAUAAGAAUUCAUUUAAGGUUCACCUCAUGAGGUGAAUUAUAUGUAUUGUAAAUAUACUGUGUUAUUCUGCCUUUGCCAGUAUUAUGGUAGCCUUGGAACCUGGCAUGCCUUAUUGGGUUUGCUGAAGCCAUCCUUGGCAUCUAGCACUUACAUCUCUGUCUAUGCUGUUAAAAAUGUGUAUCAACUGCCAGCUUUCCAAACAUAGGUUUCCAUCAACCAGUAACUUUGUAGAAAUGACUGUUCCUAAGAACUCAGUAUUCUCAAUUAUAUAAUUAGCAGAGUUAAGAUUCUGUUUUCAAAGUGAAUGGUUUUGGCCCACUUAAAAACAAUCUACAACUAAGAGUACACAGUUUACAGCUAUGAAGCCCACUUCGGUAUUGAUUAAAGAAAGUGCUCAGUUAAAUUUAAGUUUGAAAGCAAAAGGAAUAUUCACUGACUUUACAGAAAAGCAGUAGCAUUUUAUGGUGUGCACACAGCAUUUCAUGUUUAUAUUAUGUGGACUUAUGCCAAACUCUGAUUGCAGUUUCCCUGUGAUAUUACCUCACUUUAAGACAGUUACAAAUUACUUCCAUCUGAAAAUUUAUUUUGAUAAAAAUUAGUCAUACUGUCUUUCCUUAUAUGUAUGUGAAAUUUGCUGAAGGUUUUUCACUGAAUUUUUAGUAACCAAGGACUUCUAGAAAAUAUUACACUGUUUAUAUUAUGCAUGCAUUUAAAACAGUGAUUCUCAACCUGUUUAUCAUUGUGGGCCGCAUAUGUGGCCCAAAAUGUGUUAUCUGGGCCGCAGGUUGAGAACCACAGCACUCCCCACAGACCCACUGCCACCUGCUCAGAGACCCCUCCACAGAGUGGGGCUAGGAGUGGAGUCCUGGGCAGGGGGCCAGGUGGCAGGGACCCCAGACCUUGCUGUGCGGACCUGGGCAGUGCAUGGCCGGGUGGCUGGGCAGACAGGCAACAGCCCAGACCCCAAACCCAUGGGGUAGCCCCCGGAUCCCAGAACCCCUGGGGUCAGCCUGUAGCCCUGGAGUUUGUAGGGCUGGGCAGCAGCUCCGGAUCCAGGACUCUGCAGGGCCAGCCGGCAGCCCUUGUUCCCAGACUGUACGGGGCUGGUCAGCAGCCCCGGAUCCCUGCCACACAAAACUGGCCAGUGAUGUCCACCCCGCCCAGGCCGAGCAGCCCAGACUCUGCCACACUGGGCGGCCAGGCAGCCGGGAACCCCGGCCCAGCGGCCUUUAGCACACAGCUGGGCCGCAGCUGUGUGCUGAUUGGGCCGCCUGCAGGUUGAGAACCACUGAUUUAGAAUCUUACUUGAAAACUGUCUUUGUACAGGAAUAGUACUGUAGUCACAUAGCUAAGUUGGAACAAAAGAACAUUUUAAUUUGAUAACUAUUCAGAUUGAAAUGUGAGCUUGCAACAGUAUUUAUUUAUAGCUAAUUGGCUCUCUUUGAAAAUCACUUAUUUUUAAAAAAGUCUUCAGCUUUGCUGAAGGUUAUAAUUAACGAGUGUAAAAUUUCCUCAGUGUUACUGUCUGGAUAAAUUUAAACUAUUACAGUAUAAAAAAUUGUUUAGAAUAUCAGAGUGAAAGGUUGACCUUUCAUGCAGUUUGUCAGGCUAUUAAUUAUAGAAACUAAUCACUAGUAUCAAGUUGUAUAUUAACUGUCUUCAUUAAACUAUCUUUGUAUUUCAUAGUCUUAACUCCAAGCACCAGCCAACAAACACAUUACCAUAAAAUUAAUUUCUAAUAAGUCUUUGGAAGAAUGCGUUUGACUUCUGGUAGCGUCAAAGUUGUUAUAAAUUGCAUUAGUGAAAAACACAUUCCUUGCAGUUAAUUCACUUAGUCUCCUUUUUUUCUAAUCACAACAUUUAAUGUAUUAUUAAAAACAUUAAUUUACUUCAUUUUCUAUAUCAUUUUUAAUUUUGGAACCGAAUAAAAUUGUUAUUGUCUGUGAUCAGAUAACUGUAUUGAUCAGGUUCUAUGAUUUUCAUAUGUAGGACUGGUAUUGUAUUGCUUAAAAUGUUACUUUGGCAACAGUACAUAUUACUAAUAUUUUACAGCAGACAGUCUUGGCUACAUAGGACUAUUUUUCAUUUUAUAAAAGCACAACUCAAAAAAACCUUCUGAAAGUUUUCAUUUUUAAUGCAGUUUUACAAGGCUGUAGUCAGUGAAUAUUUAAUUGUAUUUAUAUGGUUAUGAGAACUUUAAAUAUCAAAUAAACCUUGCAUGAAAAAAUAUUCCAAAAUAUUUAUCAACUGUUACUGGAAAGUGGCUUUUAAACUAUUGCUUUAUCAGUGUCAUGACAAAAGUGUAUUAAAAAACAAAUACACCGGUGAGUGAGCCUGCUCACAUCUAAUCCACAGUGUUAUCAGUUUCAGUAUUUCAGACUUGUACUGUUUUUUUAUGGAAAGCAGUCAGGACCUGAGUUUAUUUAGCAUUCCAUUUUAUCCAUUAAUACAAUGUUUUAAGUUGCAUUAAAGAAGGAAAAACUAUUCACUUUUGUGGUCAAGUGUAUUUUUAAGUGAUCUCAAAAUAAUCUGGUAAAAGCUAAACACAUAAGGAAAACCUAGACAUGUAAAAUGAUGUAGAAGCAAAUGUCUAUUCUUUUGUACACUCUCUGCAGUAGUAUACAUAGGCAUUGUUAAAAUGAGAUUAGUUCCAUCAGGAACAAGAGUUCUGUUUGUUCUGGCUUAUUGUGGGUCAUAGGAAAUCUAAAAUUCAUUGUGUGUUAUAUUGAUUGAGUUUAAGUACAAUAUAUUUAAACUCAAUGAGCCACUAUCUGCAAUUUUGUACAUGAAAUAGUAUUUGGAAAGUUUAGAUCUUUAUAGACAAAUAGCUAGUAAUUAGUUUUUUUCCCUGGGAUGAGGAUGUUCUGCAAAUGAUGUCUUAUUUUACUGUUGAACAGCAAUUGCUAUUUAUUUUUUUAUUACAUAAUACAUCAACAUGUUGUAUAGAAAUCAGAUUUGGUAGUGCCAGUAGUUAAAAUUUUGACUUCUCAUUUGAAUGUUAAGAUCAAACAUCAGUACACUUGUCUAUUCACAUGUAUUUAAAUGUGACAGUUUUUGAGUACUGUAUGUGUUAAUUUCUACUUUUUUAAUAUUUAAAAUUGCUUUGAAAUAAAUGUAUUCAGUUGAUCCCAGA